UGAAGUAAUGCUUUUCCAUGUAUCACUGCAUACUACAUGAAAGAGAUGAGUGCAGCAUUUUAUUUCAUCAAAUACUUAAGUGGCUUGCUAGUAUUAGGUAUGAAUAACACAAAUUAACACAAAAUGAAUUAACACAAAUAACACAAAAAGUGCUGUAGAUUUAUUUAAAAAAAAUUAAAUGAUUGGUAAUGGCAAAGUUUUUGCAAGAAAAAGAAAAAAAAUAAAUAACAUAUGAGCAUAGUUCAGUUCCUGUAAAAAGUAAAAAAAAAAAUAGUUCCUGUAAAAAGUAAAAAAAAAUAUAUAUAAAUAAACAUAUUUAUAGAAAUGCCUACCAGCAGGUCACCACAAAGCACUCUAAUGUAAUUUCUGUACUUUAAGUAACACAAAGGCAUUGUAGGUAUCACAGUGAAGAAAUGCUUUGGUAUUAUAUUGCACUAAUAUUAACAUGCUACUCUAGGUAAAUGAUAGAAUUAAUUAAUGAAGUGCUCAGGAAGUGUUACCAGCUGCUGCAAUGAAUGCAGAAUGUUCCUCUGCACUUCAACAGAUUGUCAAAGUGCCUGGGACAUGUUUUGUACAGCCAGCCCUUGCUCCUGGUGCACCAUCACCAGCUCGCCCAUGCUCAGAUGAAUCUGCUGUUGGGUUUCCUGCGCUUGAGAGAGAACUUCCAAGUCUGGGUGGCCACCUGCAAUACAGUUUAGAAGCAAACACGACUUUACACCACAAGUUACAAAAUAAGUGGUAUUUUAGAUAUCGUCAUGCUAUCUUGUUGUGUCCCUUUAACUCAUUUGCUCCUUGGACCUUUCUGCUAUAGUGUACACAGGGUUGUGGUAUGACACACUCAUGGAAUCACCAAUUUAAAAAUAUAAUGGCCACCUGAGAGAAGUAUUCCUAAAAAAAAAAAAAAAAAAAAAAAAAAAGUUUAAAGUAGAAAAGACACACUGGCAGGAGUUGUAUAAUCAGUGUUCAUCGUACUGGAGGACAACUGAAUACAUGUUAACAUGUUACUCACCAUUGCAUGUAGUCAUCUGUAACAUGGAUGAUUUGAAUGUCCUCAUCCAGUGAAGAUGACACAGGAUUGUCAAAUCCAGAGGCCCCUGCAGAGCCAGCAACACCAUGAGAAGAGGGUUGGAUGGGUCCAACACUACUGCUGGUGGAAGGCUCUGGUCCUUCUAGAGGCCCUGACACUUCUGGAAGAGAAGAAAAAAAAAAUAGUAGAAAAUAAGCUGGUAUUCUUUGAGUGAUGUUUUUUAUUGACUAAUUUUUCUUAAUUAUCAGUCAACCUAGUCAUGUCUAUGUCUAUCACAUGGUUUUGUUGAGUUGGCGUGCAAGUGUGCAGAUCUCUACGUUCAGGAGGAUGAGUAUUGGACAUGAUGCAGCUAGCCCCAUGGAAGAUGAUGCUGUAACAUAAUUAUUGUUACAUUACAGUACUGCACUUAGUUAAAAAUGGCAGUAAUUUACAAAAUGUAAUUUGACCUUAAGUGUAGCCGCACCGGCUGGGCAUCAAUUGGCUCUCAGGUGAUCUGUUUUACUGAUCACACCCAUCAUCGUAGGGUCGAGGAAAGGCAGUUCUCCCUGACACGUUUAUUGAUGAGGUAGGCAUGACCGUAAGAACUGCGAACAAGUUCUCGGUCUCAAUUUCUUACAAAAUAACAUUAUACACAGAUAUUAAACACUUUCAACAUAUUACAAUAUUCAUUAACAAUACAUGCAAUUGACUUGGCACUAUGACAAUCAGUUUUUACUACAAAAUUAAAGUAUUUACCUCGGUCACCAUCCUGCCCGUCUUUGUCUGAGUGCGACUUGGCUGUGAGUGAUGCCUGCAGGCGACCAGCGGGUUAACCCCACACUACCAACAAGGUAUGGAGUAGAAAUGCCAUUUCUACUCCCACCGCACUGCACUUCGCUACCCACUCUCUGCCCUGCUGAGCAUCACAUCUCUCAACCUGCCCAGACUCAGCUGUCUUCCCUUCAUGGCAAUUGCCUAUCCUGAGGUCCAGAGGAAAUUUAAGGACCUCCGACCCAGGUCAAGAGCAAGGCUGCUGCAGAACAGUGUCACACUGCAGGCACUGGUGGGUGACCUCCAGAUGAGACAACAUACACUGCUGUGGAGGUGGUCGUGCUGUGGAUGUGGUCUCACACAGCAUUUACAGGACUGCCAUACCCUGAAAGUGAUGGCACCACACUGCAAGUGUCAGGGCCUCUGGAAUGACCACAGCCUUCCACCUGCAGUGGUGUUGGGGUCAUCCAACCCUGGUGUUGCUGGGUCUGCAGGGGGCCUCUGGAUUCGACAGUCGUCAUCUGCACUGGAUGAGGACCUCUCUGUUCAAAUCGUCCAUGUUACAGAUGACUACAUGCAAUGGUGGCCACCCAGACUUGGAAGUUCUCUCUCAAGCGCAGGAAACCCAACAGCAGAUUCAUCUGAGCAUGGGCGAGCUGGUGAUGGUGCAGCAGGAGCAGGGGCUGGCUGUACAAAACAUGUCCCAGGCACUUUGACAAUCUGUUGAAGUGCAGAGGAACAUUCUGCAUUCAUUGCAGCAGCUGGUAACACUUGCUGAGCACUUCAUUAAUUAAUUCUAUCAUUUACCUAGAGUAGCAUGUUAAUAUUAGUGCAAUAUAAUACCAAAGCAUUUCUUCACUGUGAUACCUACAAUGCCUUUGUGUUACUUAAAGUACAGAAAUUACAUUAGAGUGCUUUGUGGUGACCUGCUGGUGGGCAUUUCUAUAAAUAUGUUUAUUUAUAUAUAUUUUUUUUUUACUUUUUACAGGAACUAUUUUUUUUUUACUUUUUACAGGAACUGAACUAUGCUCAUAUGUUAUUUAUUUUUUUUCUUUUUCUUGCAAAAACUUUGCCAUUACCAAUCAUUUAAUUUUUUUUAAAUAAAUCUACAGCACUUU